AUGCCGCAACGUCAGCAGACCGGCGCCGUCUUCUUGAUGGUGAUGCUCCUGUUUUGGUUGUUGUUUCCAGCGGGAAACUAUUCAGGAUCACCGGGAUUGAUAUUUUCCGACAUUGCAGCGGCGAAAUUACGAGGCUAUAAUGCUGCCCUCGACCUGCUUAACCGGACGAGCUGGGGCGACUUCAAGCCAGUUGCUUCGAGUAUAAAUGACACAUCCGACGACGUGGGCCCAGGGUUUUUGAAUCUCACUGGGUUCAGGCAUAUUGAUGGAUUCAAUUGGGACGACCUUGGCCGAUUCAGAGAACGAACGCUGCGGAUGAGCCACCAUGCCUUUACGGAAGUUGACGGCAAAUACCCGUGGGACCGUGGCCAAGGAGCUCAUGUAUGGAUGAAUACGUCAGGAACCCUACAUGGCGACUGGGUAUUUCGCGCAGGAUCUUCUCCAAGAACUGUCGCCAGCUAUAACCUAAGCCGUACUGCGCCCGCCAUGGCCUGGCUGGAGGAAGGCGUGGAAUGGGGCCGCAACGUGACGGGGCCAGAGGGCAAGAUGCUCAUCCGAAUAACCGGAAACAGAACCAUGUCGACGUAUCUGCCAAUGACGCAAGAAGAAUCCGAAUUAUCAUCUGGAGGGGUGAUUCGUAACGUCAAGGCGACCAUGACGAUUGAAGACUCGGCUGGAUCCGGUCAUACAUGGGAUAUGCGACUUUGGGGCCUACACUGGCCCAGACAGGGCGUUAUCAUGAUGACAACGACUAGCGAAAAGUUCCAAGGCAUAUUUGGCCUACCGCAUCUAACACCGAGCGCAGACUAUUUCAAGUCUGGCCAGACGUUCCUAAGCCAGAGGCUAGCCAAGGUGCUUGCGAGAAAGGAAAGGACAAUCCGUUACGACCAAGUGUUGCCGUUCAACUCGGACAUUGUGGCAGGCGAUAUGAUUAAUCCUAUGCCGCAGUGUGAAUAUGUUCUUUAUGCGCAGAUUCACCCACCAGAUCCGGAUACGCUACUGAGCCGACACCACAAGUUAGAGGAUGUAGACAUGGCAGCUGUCAUCCGCGCCAUUGAAGAAGAGCUUGCAUUUCCACGCGGAGCUCCGAUUGGUCGCGUACCGACACUUCGCAUGUCGACUAUUUUAUAUUCACCAGACUGUGGCUACUUUCUGGAAAGCAAGGGCCCGCCAGAUUUUGCAGCUGGUGAGUUCAACCACCUGUCAGGUAUGAAGGUGGAGGUGCAUACCCACGAAAUCAAGUCGUGGAUGUUAUUAUUUGCCUGCGUUAUGUUGGGCCAGGUAUAUCUAUUAAAAAACCAGAUAGGAGAAACGUUUACUCCUUCGACUGUUGGAAGGGUCAGCUUCUGGACCAUUAGCGCCAUGGUUCUCGUCGACGGCAUGACUUUUACAGCCGCGGCAACAUGGGUGUCCUCUGCUGGAGCGACGUUCCUCCCAACACUGGCGCUCAUGUUUGUUGCCUUCUUAUCAAUGUCUAUAGGAGGAAGCUUUCUAUCGCGAAUCUUUGACGUACACGUCCCAGCACGCCGUCCAGGGACCAACACGAACAGCGGUGCUGGCACGGGCCAGCAAACACCAGCACCUCAAACAGGCACCCUGCUCCCUGUACCUGUGUCUUCAAAUGUGUUUGGCGGCGCGCCUACUAUUGUUGCUCUGGAUGGCGAUGUUGACGCUGAAGUCAACGGCGCCUCUGCCGUACCUGGUCUGGGAAGAACAGCAGGAGCAGCUCCAGCACUCACAUUUCAAACCAUCAUGGGCCGCUUCGUCCUCGUUGGCCUCAUUUUGGGGUUUGUUUCACUCUCUUCGUCUACAUGGUAUCCCGGCGCCCGCAGCUUCUACUUGAACCUCUGCGCAUUCAUUUACUUAUCGCUAUGGAUUCCACAAAUCUACCGCAACGCCAUGCGCAACUGCCGCCGCGCCCUUACAUGGUCCUUUGUCAUUGGCCAAUCUGUACUGCGACUUCUCCCCAUCGCCUACUUUUGGCUCCGAGAGGACAACUUUAUGUUUGCCAUUACAGACCGCACGACCUUUGCCUUUCUAUGCGCAUGGGUCUGGAUCCAGCUCUUCAUUCUAGGCGCGCAGGACAUUGUCGGCCCGCGGUUCAUUAUACCCGCUGGCUGGGCGCCUGAAGCUUGGGAAUACCAUCCCAUUCUGCGCGAGGAUGGCUUGGAAGCAGGCGGGCUGCCAAUUGGCCUCAUUAACGAAGACCAACCGGUCGGCCGGCGACCUAGCAUCCAGGACAAGGAGGCUGGCGCUUGUGGGAGUGUACGCAAGAUUGACUGCUCUAUUUGCCGCGAGAACCUGGACGUUCCUGUCAUCAAGGAAGGGGAUGCGGAUAUGAGUGUCGCAGGCGUGUUAGCCAGGAGAAUGUAUAUGGUUACGCCGUGCCGACAUAUCUUCCAUUCGGCGUGUCUCGAGAGUUGGAUGAAGUUUAGAUUACAGUGUCCGAUUUGCAGAGAGGACUUGCCACCACUAUAA